AUGCUCCCAAAUCCAAUAAAUCUAGACGAUUGGAUUAAAGACAAUGAACACCUCCUAGCUCCCCCGGUAAAUAACUAUUGUGUCCACAGGAAGGGGUUCACCGUGAUGAUUGUUGGUGGACCCAACGAGAGAACAGACUACCAUGUGAAUCAAACCCCCGAGUACUUUCUCAUGAAAAAAGGUUUCAUGACCUUAAAAGUGGUAGACGAAGGCGAUUUCAAGGACAUAACCAUCAAUGAGGGUGAUUCUUUCCUGCUGCCUCCAAACACUCCUCACAGUCCAGUGAGAUAUGCUAACACUAUUGGACUUGUCGUGGAACAGGAUAGACCCGAAGGAGUUAAUGAUAAGCUCAGAUGGUAUUGUAGUGGCUGCAAGGAAAUUGUUCACGAAGUUGAAUUUUAUUGCUAUGAUUUGGGAACGCAGGUCAAGGAAGCAAUCCUUGCAUUCGAUGCCGACCUGGCUGCCAGAACCUGUAAGAAGUGUGGGACGUUGAACUACUCCAAGCCUCAAUAA